UCGCCAACUGUCGAAACGAGAUUUGACCCAAUCACCCAAUCCGACGAAACCUCCAGCAAGCGCUUCUCGACAUUCCCCCGCUGGGCGCGACAAGUUUCGACGGUCGGUCUUUUUACUAUCCUUAGUUGCAGACAGAGACGCUUGACGCAUCAGUAUAGUUCUAACACCAUGGGUGCCAUAUUUUCCCGACUAUUUUCCCGGCUGUGGGGGUCAAAAGAAGUUCGGAUAUUAAUUCUUGGACUCGAUGGCGCCGGAAAAACUACGAUUCUUUACCGAUUUCAAAUUGGAGAAGUCGUGACAACAAUCCCAACGGUCGGGUUUAACGUGGAAACAGUGACAUACAAAAACAUCAAAUUUCAAGUGUGGGAUCUGGGUGGACAAACGUCAAUUCGACCAUACUGGCGAUGCUACUACGCCAAUACAGAUGCGAUUAUCUAUGUGGUGGACUCACAGGAUAGAGACCGGGUGGGAACAAGUAAGGAAGAGCUGGUAGCUAUGUUGGAAGAGGAAGAGCUAAGAGAUGCAGCGCUGCUGGUAUUGGCGAAUAAGCAGGAUAUGGAAGGAGCGAUGUCACAUACAGAGGUUUCAGACGCUUUAGGCUUGACGAGCCUACGGAACAGAACGUGGACGAUCUACAAGUGUAGUGCUAAGACGGGGGAGGGACUAACAGAAGCCUUGGAUUGGCUGGUGAAUGUUGUAUCAGGAGGGAAGAAAUGAUUAUCACUUUGAGACAAAUAAUAAUGUAUAGGUGACAGAAACUGGCACUAGCUACUACACCAGGGAAUAAACCAGCGUAAACUGGCUCGGGAAAAGCUAACUAAGCUACUACUA